CAUAUAAUAUACCUAUUUAUUCAAUAUCAAAAUGUGAUUUGCCCAUUUUUAUUCCAUCUUUAAUGACAUAUUUCAGGUAGCACCAAGCGAAGAAGUUGCACAAAGGGCUGUGGAACAGUGGCACGAUCUUAUUUUGGAAGAAAUCGAAAGAGAUAAAAAGUAUCUGACUGAAUUUGCUUAUGAAAAAGUCGGCUAUACAGAAGCUGUUCUCAAAUGUUUACAGGAAAGAGAUGCCAUUGUGAAGUUAGAUUUAGAAAUGAUUCCUAAGAUUGAAAAAGCAGAAAAAGAUCUACGUUUGAAAAAAGAAAAAAACGAUGAACAAAUGAAAGCAAUCAAAAGGGUCGAAGCAAACUUGAGGUAUGCUAGUGAAUAUUAUCGUGAUAUAAAGAAUUUGUGGGAAAAUUGCAAAUAUAAGUACCUCUCUGCUGUCCGAAGACAAGGCCUCAGAAUGUAUUGGGAUGGAGAUAGAUGGCUUCCAGCAUUUCCCUCUCCAAGUCAGCCGGAGCGAGUACAAAUCCUUACCCCACAAGAAUACGCUAUGAGACACAUACUGCGAACCAUCGAUGAUGAGCCUGUUUCUAUGGGAUAGAAUCAAGAGGAUUUUCCUUUAAAAAUCAAUAAAUAGAUAUUAUUUGUUUACUUGC